AUGUCGAAACGUAUUAAGAUCUACGCUUCAGAAGACGUUGCCACGCAUGCAUCUGCCCAAAGUUGCUGGAUAACGCGCGCUGGCAAGGUCUACGACGUUACGGGGUUCUUGCAGGAUCAUCCUGGCGGUGAUGAGCUCAUUCUUCAGUACGCGGGAAAGGAUGUGGAUGAAGUUAUGAAAGAUGUCAACGAGCACGAACAUUCGGACGCGGCAUAUGAUAUGUUGGAGGAAUAUGUCAUCGGGAGGCUGGGAACUGGAGAGGCUACGGUUAGCGAUGAUUGGGAAGCAACAGACGACUUCCAUCCUGAUGAUACGGACACUGCACGCGAUUUCGAGAAGAACCAAUUCUUGGACCUGCGGAAACCACUGCUAGCGCAAAUGUGGGAGGCUAACUUUAGCAAAGCCUACUACCUGCAACAAGUCCACCAGCCUCGGCACCUCGCCACAUCCGCUCGUCUCUUCGGGCCUGACAUUCUCGAAAUGUUCACCAGAACAGUCUGGUAUGUCGUGCCGCUGUUCUGGGGUCCAAUCGCCACCUACCUUUUCCUCCGCUCCCUCUUCCAAUUCACCGGCCCCCUGCCAGACUUUUGGACCGAGCCGCUUCUUCCCCUCGCCUACCUACCACAGAUACCAUUGUCUUCAUACCUCAAGGCUGGAGCAUGUUUCCUGACUGGAAACAUCAUCUGGACGUUGUUGGAAUAUACCCUUCAUAGGUUCCUCUUCCACAUCGACGACUGGCUCCCUGACAACCCUGCCUUCCUCACGUUGCAUUUCCUUAUGCACGGUGUGCACCACUAUCUACCCAUGGAUCGUCUACGACUCGUCAUGCCCCCUCUGUUGUUCUAUACUCUCCAGACGCCUUUCACGAAGCUGGCACACGUCCUGUUCCCCGCCGCCGUCGCCAAUGGAAUCAUUGCCGGCGCAUUCACAUUCUAUGUUCUCUAUGAUUGCAUGCACUACGCGUUGCACCAUACAAAGCUCCCCGAAUACAUGCGGGAGAUGAAGAAGUACCACCUUGCUCAUCACUAUAAGAACUUCGAGCUUGGUUUUGGUGUUACAAGCAAAAUCUGGGAUAUCGUGUUCAACACAUAUCUCACUACCUAG